AAAAGUCCAGUUCAGCCACAUAGUCAGUCUUCUGAAAAUACUGAAAUGGAUCGUUUUAUCCCAAAGCAAAAAGAUACUAAAGAUUAUGUUGCUUUAAGGUCAUCUGAAGAUGGAAAUUGCCUCUACAGUUCAGCUUCUCUUUUAAGCAAUUCGUCUCUGAAGACAGUUAAUGUAUUGAGGCUUCUAACUUCGAUUGAAUUGUUUGAAAAAGCUUCCUACUAUGCGAGGUACUCCCUUUUUGUUAAACAGGUUGAAAACAAUAAUUCUAAUCUUUCCAGUGUUCUAGUAGCCUGUGUUUCUUUUGAAUGUUCAGAUCAAUUUAAAUUAAUUAACAGUGAAUCAGCUUCUGAAAUUAUAAUAAUGGAAGCAUUGAUCAACUGCCAAGCUAACAAGUUUUCUUCGUUUUUAUGUCUAAUUGCUUUGUCAUCAGUUUUAAAUGUUCCUAUUAGAUCAAUUUAUCCUGAUUUUGGCUUAGAAAAAUUCAAAAAACUUUUUAAUGCAAUUAUUUUUCCAUUUCGUUCAAUUAAAAAUCAAGAUCAAAAUGUUUUGAAUAUUUUAUGGUGUAAUACUGAUAUUAUGUCAGUGAUGCAAAAUAAUAAUAACUGGACACCGAACCAUUUUGUACUAAUUAUUAUAAGCCUAAACUAAUUUCUAGCAUUAAUUAGAUUUUGGCUAUAAAAAACGAUGCUACUUAUUCUUUACACUUUUUUAGUCCUAAAACUGAAACAAAUAAAAAAAACAACUUGAUUCUGCAAAACAUGUCAAAAUUCAAUCUAAAAUUAACUUUAAAAAAGACAAUGCUUUCAUAGAGUUGCCUUUUGAACCUUUUGUAGAUUCAAAAAUAGUUAAGUCAUUAGACUCCAACUCAGUUAUUAUUCCUUCAUAUAAUGAAUUAAAUUCUUUGUAUGACGUUUCAACAUAUCUUGUUUGAGGUAAACUUUUAAUCGCUGGCAAAGAUGAUUCUAUUUUGUUAGAUAUGAUAAACAAAGUAUUUUGUCCUAAUUCUAUGUUUGUUUUUCCAAUAUCUUUAAAUACAAAAAGAUCAUUUAAAUUUGAAUGGCUCAGCCAGUUUUCUUGGUUAGCUUAUUCUAGCAAAGAAGAUGGAGCUUACUGUCUUGCUAGGUGCUAGUAUUCCAAAUAAGUCUGGAAUAUUAAAUUUAGUUUUCAAGCCCCAUCAAGAGUGGGGUAAUGCUGUUCGUGAUUAUAGAAAACAUGUGGAAAAUUGUGUUUUACAUAAAAAAAAUCUAUGCUUUCAUUUAAUGCAUUGCUUUCACGUUGCAAUUCCAAAAGUAAUGUUAUUGAGGUUGAUUUAAAUAAUUCUCGUUUGAAACUUCUUUCUGAUAACCGAAAAAAAUUAGUUCCAAUAAUUAAAACAAUAAUAUUUCUUGGUAGAAACGAUCUAGCAUUUCGUGGAUAUCGUGAUGAUAGCAAAUAUCAUCCUGAUAUUGGGGAAUCUUCUACACAAAAAGUAGGAGUUGGUAACUUCAUAUAGCUUUUAAAUUUUCGUGUUGAUGCUGGGGAUCAAAUAUUAUUUAAUCAUCUUUCUUCAAGUCCAAAAAAUGCAACCUAUAUAUCAAAAACUACCCAAAACCAACUUAUUGAUUCUUGUGGGAAAGCAAUUGAGGAAGUUUUAAUAAGAAAUGUCAAGCAUUCAAUUUUUUUUUCAAUUCUUUGUGAUGAAGCAGUUGACUGUUCAAAUACGGUGUCCUAUGAUUCAAC